GAAAAACAAAAUAUUUAUUGGGAAAAAGUACGCAGAGAAGAGAUAAAUCAGAAACGGAGGGAGCAGAGGGGCAAUCAGAAGAUGGCGGGGAGUGGAGAAGAAAAUCAAAACCCAAACGAGCAGACCAAAGGAUCGUUGCGAGGAGGAAAAUCAUGCAAGGGAUGCCUUUACUACUCUUCUGCUCUCAAAUCCAAAUCUAAGAACCCUAUUUGUGUCGGCAUCCCCAGAACCCUCAAUCAAGUACCCAGCUAUGUCAUCAGUGAAUCCGAGACAGAACGUUCCAAGGAGUGGCGAGACCUGAAAGAAUUCAAGUAUGGUUGUGUUGGUUACUCGGUGUUCUUGGAUAAUAAAGGCUCUUUAACAAAUCAGCCGGAUAAACAAGUUGAACUGCCGGUUUGUGUUGGCCUUGAGGUACUGUUGGACUCAAGACCUUCUUCCACUGAUCAUGUCCAAAGGACUCAAGAUAGACCUGUCCCUGCUCAUCCUCAGCCUCAGCCUCAGCCUCAGCCUCAGCCUCAACCUCAACUUCAACCUCGAGCUAACCAGCCAGUACAUUCAACAGCAGAUGAGUACAUAAGCAGGUUUAAACGGAGUGCAGGCAUAGUCGCAUCAGGUGUUUCCAAGAAUCUGAACAAAGUAGGCAACUACAUAAAAGAGAGCCUGGAUGAUAUUCUAUACAAGAGAAAGUGAAAUUGUUGAUUGAAAAGUCCAAUUCUCUCUAACCAAUAUAUCUGGUAAUCUGCAAUUUGAUUUCUUCUUCUCUCUCUAUAAGAGAUCUUCCUUACACCUGUCCAAGGAGGGAGGAAGUACAUGUCUGAUUGUUGUAGUGACGAACGUGCAUUGCCUCAUUUAUCUUAAACUUUUCAAUUUGAUGGCAGUAAUGUCAAUGUAUUGUUUAGUGUAGUAAGGAUAAAAAAUCUGUCAUUUUUUGAAUAAUUUGCAGCAUAAUUUCAAUGUCCAUCUGCAUUUCCACGGAGCCAACUCUGGCCAUCCUGUUGCCAUGUGCUUCAUGUAUGUAAUUAUUAGGCUGUUAGCCCAGCUGUGUUUAGUAUAA